AACCUUCCGUCCUUCCCCCACAAAAUAGAGCAUGUCAGCGUAAAUCCCACUUUGCCUGUUGCCUUCAAUUCCACCUCCAUCCACGCCGCUCUCCUCCCAUCUAUCUCCUGUUCUUCCACUUCCACCUGCCACCUCAAGCAAGUCCAUGCCCAAAUACUGCGCUCCAAUCUUUCCGACUCCGUCCUUCCCAAACUCUCGUCCACUUCCUCUAUCUCCAGCCUCGAGUUUGCCCUCUCCGUCUUCACCUACCUCCCCACUCCCUGUCCUACUCUCUGCAAGAAAUUCUUGAGGUCUUUAUCUCGUAAUGGUAAACCUGAAACCGUCCUUUUAGCCUAGGAAGGGAUUAUUAGUGUGGGUAGGUUUAGCUUUCCUUCGUUGCUAAAAGCAGCUGCGAAGAUCUCCGCAUUGAAUGAGGGGAUGGAGAUUCAUGGAGUUGCCGACAAGUUGGUCGAUAAAGAUCCGUUUGUGCAAACGGGUUUCCUGGGAAUCUAUGCUGCAAGUGGAAGGAUUUUGGAGGGGCGAUAAGUAUUUGAUAAAAUGUCUUAGCGGGAUGUUGUUACCUGGAACAUUACGAUUAAUGGGUGGACUUUUUAUGAUGCCUUGCAGCUUUUUGAAGAGACGAGGAGCUCUAAUGUAAUGCCAGACAAGAUGCUUCUCUCCACCAUGUUAUCAGCUUGUGGUCGAGCUGGAAACUUAAGCUUUGGAAAAGAAGUCCAUGAUUUCAUUACUGAAAAUAACAUUGCGCUUGACCCUCAUUGUGCACUUAUCUCUAUGUACGCAACUUGUGGUAAAGAUUUAUUAACUAAAAUGUCAUCUAGAAACUUGGUUGUUUCAACCACCUUGGUUUCUGUUUAUUCAAGAGGUGUUGAGGAUGCUUGCUUGAUUUUUAACCAGAUGGAUUAAAAGGACGUGGUCUGUUGGAGCGCAAGCUGCGCAAUGAUCUCUGAUUAUGCUGAGAGUGAUUAGCCUCAAGAAGCUCUUAAUCUAUUUAAAGAAAUGCAAGUCUUAAGAAUAGAACCAGAUGAAAUUACAAUACUGAGUGUAAUCUCAGCUUGUGCACUUCUUGGUAUGCCGGAUCAAGCUAAACGGAUCCAUAUGUUUGUUGACAAGAACGGAUUUGCCAAUUUGAAGGAGCUGUCAGUCAACAAUGCUAUUGAUAUGUAUGCCAAAUGUGAUUUGGAAAGUGUCAAAGCAAUUUUUUAGAAAGUGUUAAGAAGGAAUGUGAUAUAUUGUACUAGUAUGAUCAAUGCCUUUGCCAUCCAUGGGAAUGCCAAUAGUGCACUAAACUUCUUUCAUCGAACGAAAGAUAAAAACAUUGAGCCUAAUGAAGUGACAUUUGUAGGAGUUCUUUAUGCUUGUAGGUGUAGCCAUGCAAGUCUAGUAGAGGAGAGAAGGAGAAUUUCUGCAUCAAUAAUUAAUGAACACGGUAUCACUCCUAAACAUGAGCAAUAUGGUUGCAUUGCAGAUCUAUUCGAUGGUUCUAUUCUCCUAAGAGAUGUGCUAAAUCUUGCGGAGACAAUGCCUUUGCUACCCAACAUUAUAUGGGGUUCUCUUAUGGCUGCUUAUCUGGCUCAUGGAGAGAUUGAAUUGGCAGAAUUUGCUGACAAAUGGGUGCUUAGGUUGGAGCCAGACCAUGAUGGAGCACUUUCUUUAUUAUCAAAUACUUAUCCCAGGGAAAAAAGGUGGCAAGAUGUUGGAGAAGUAAGGAACUUGAUGAAACAAAGAAGUUUACUAAAAAGAAAGGGGAAGAAGAUGGUGGAAUUGAGCAACGACUCGCACAAGAUCUCAAUGGCAGAUAGAAGAUACGAACAAGCAGACCAGAUCUAUGGGAAGUUACAUGAAGCGGUUGAGAACUUGAUGUUGUUUGGUUAUUCUCCAAUUAUUAAUAUUGUUUUGGCUGAUUUAAUUAGCCAAGUGAAAAAGGAAUUGGUUUUAUGGCACGUUGAGAAGUUGGCUCUUUUUUAUGGGUUGAUAAAUGAGGAAAAAGGGUACUGCAUCCGCAUAGUGAAGAAUCUUAGGAUUUGCGAGGACUGCCAUACUUUCAUUUAGUCUCAUGAAAAACAGAAUAUUGUUAGAGAUAGGACUCGCUUUCACCACUACAAAGAUGGUGUAUGCUCUUGUAAUGGUGAAUUUGUUGCUGCAAAUUGGAAACUUAAUACCAUAAAUGUAAAAUAUUGUUGUUGGAGACAAUGUGCAAAUAAGAAACUUAAAAGUUAGGAUGC